AUGGCCAAUGCUGGAGCAGCCUUUGGGUUGGAAGACGUGCCGGAUUUGCCUGAGCACCCACGGAACAGCCAAGUACAACCGGGAUUACCAUCGUCUCUCGUCAAAUUUAUGAGCUGGCUGCACAAGAGGACAUACACCAAGGCGGCCCGCUUCCAACCUAGUGCUUUGGCCGACGUUGCCGACUACUUGAAAUGGCGUGCGUAUGGUACGACCGAUGUUGACUUCAAAGAUCUUGAGCAGAAUCCAACUUGCCGCUCCUCUAUCUUGACUAUCUCCUUCUACAUGCCCAUCAAAGGUGCACAUGGAAUGGAACCUCGGCAAUCCAACCAAGUCCGAUCUGUGAACGAAGUGGUCAAGGAAGUCAAGAAAGCGGAGACUCAACACCGCGGCAAGAAGUCCUGUGCCACCAGGGAUUUGACGAAACAGAGUAUCAUCCGUACAGCCUGCAUGUUGAAGCAGCAAGUCCAUCUCAUCACCAGAACGGACGACAUCUCCAAGUUGAAGUAUUCCGACUACAAGCCGCAUCCAGACUUCCCUUUUGCGCUCAGUUGCAAGGUGCAUUGGUCCAAGAAUAUUUCGGAAGAACGACAAUGCCCUGACCAAAUCAUUCUUGGGUCGAUGGAUACCGACUUUUGUGCUAUGCUCGGAUUGGCGAAUUACAUGGAGGCGUCCUUCAACUACGGGUAUGGCGCCGCUGGUCGGGAAGAUGCAUUCCUCUUUACUCCCGAAAGCGAUCCCAAGUUGGCUCCCAAGCACUGCAACGCAGCCUACCGCAACAUUCUGAAGGCUGUCUUUUUGUCGGCUCCAUUUUGUGCUGGUGUUCUUGGGAGUCACAGCAUUCGGAAGUUUGCUGCAACUCUGGCAAGAGGGAUGGGUGCUACUGCUGACGAAGUUGACAUUCGAGGUCGCUGGAAGGCUCGCUUAUCUGGACGGGUUGUUGAUCCCUGGAUCGACGCUCGUGUUGCCGAAAAGCUUUGCAUGGGGCUCCUAUUGCCUACAAUGACUCCCGACUGGUUGAUUGAGCAUGUGGUGCCAAGGACACACGCGUUUUACGACGGUGUCAACGACAUUUCGCUUCACUUGGCUCUGCCUCUGUUGUGGGCUGCUCUUGACGAAUCUUGGGAGGAGAGGAUGGAGCCUCCCGUUCGUGUUAGGAUCCAAGAUGCGUACGAGCGCAUCAAGGCCGAUAUUCCUGUUGCGUCAACCCUGUGGUGA